AUUCGUGUACUGAACUCAAGAGUAUAACGUAUAGAGCUUUUGAAAAGUUUUAACGACAAUUUUGACGUCAGCUUUAUAUUCCGAAACACGUGCUUUUGUUCUUCGCGAACGUUCUGAAAGAAGACCCAAAUUUCAAGGAGGCCAAUGAAGGACUGCACAGGGUGCGGAGCUGAUAACUCUGCCUUCCCUUUAAAUAUAAAUUUCUGCCCAUUCUGCGCUAAAGCUGUAGGUUCGGUGGUGAGAGGAGAAUAUUCGAGGCCUAGAACAUUAUCUUCAUCUGGAACUUUUUCAAAAGUAGUUCCGGUCGGAGGACUUCAAAGAAGUAAAAACAAUUGGCCAGAAAUGGAGACAAGACGUAAGAUACAAGCGAAGGGUAUCAAGUCAGAUAGAACUUCAAUAAUUCCAAACAACUCAAGAGACUAUGAGCAAGUUCAAACUAGAAAUACCGUCAAAAGGAACAGACAGCCGAAUGAAAAUUGCAAGGCGAAAAGAAGCAAAGAAGCUAAUGACAUAAUUAUACCAAUUAUCGAGAUGACUUUGGCUUCGAUUUCUGGGUUGACCAAUGAAAAUUCGGUAGAAAAAUCGAAUAAAAUUUUGAUACCAAUUGAACCAGCUCCUGAAAUUGAUGACAUUGAAAUGAUAGAUAACGAAACUGUCGAUGUAAAUGUGGGAAGAACGCCUUUGACUGGCACUUCUCCAUUUGAAAUUAUAACUACACGUGCCUCAGACAUGUUACAAGCAGCAGUAAUUAGAGGCAGCCUGGAUACUGGAGAUAAGAAAUUAAGCGAUUUAAAACUCGCUGUUGAAACUGGCAAAGUUGCAAUGAUAAAAAUGACGAAAAAUAUGAUAAUCAAUGCUGAGAUACAAAAAUUUCCGAUUGAAAUCAUUGCAACUGGAACCAUUGAAACAAUUAACGGAAAUUUUUCACGAAAUUCAGCAAAUGAUCUGGAAAAUCGUCUUCCUCUGAAUUCCAAGGAGAUUGGAACUUCUAACCUGAGAACAGAAAAUGAAACCACUACAAUUAAAAUUGCUAGUGCAACAGCGCUAACAUCCGAAACUUCAACAACAGAUGAAAAUACUGCUGCAAACGCGUCGCAAGAUUCAAAAGCCGACUCCGAAAAUAAACUUACAUGCUCCUUUAGAGAAGUAGAUUUGAACAAUGAAACUGUAAAUAUUGAGACUACUGAAAGAAAUACAUCGAAAUAUUCUAAAAAUGAUUCCGAUAAUGAAAAUGAAUUAAAAGUUGAUACUGGUGUGUUCUAUAGACCUGAAAACUCUAUGACAAAUUUCGAAAAUGAAAUUGUGUGUGUUUCGGAAGAGAAUUCACAAGACCUGAAAAUUGAAACUGAGCCUGUUGAAGUUGCUGCAAUAAAUAUAUCGAAAGAUGAUACAGCUAAUUAUGAAAAUAAAAUUUCAAGAGUUUUGAAAAACAAAGAGAGUGGAAAUGAGCUUAAGGCCAAAAGCAAUGAAAGUGUUGAGGCAAGCACUUCACGAGAUUCUGAAGAGAAUGUAAAAGACUUUAAAGUUGAAAAUAUUAUUUUAAACACCUCUUCAGACUUAAUUGACUCGAAAAAUGAAUCUUUAAGCGAUCAAAAAGAGAAUUCAACUGACUUGCGAAAGGAAACUAAGAAUAACAUAUCUAAAAAAGUUGAAGUUGCUUGUAUAGGUGCAUCACAAGACUCUAUGAAUAACCCAGAAAAUGAGCUGGUAGGCACUUCGAUAGAGAAUACCGAAGACUCAAAACUUAAAACUGAAUGCAUUGAAAGUACUUCAACAAACUUAUCGGAAGAGACUACAAUUGAUUGCGACGAUGGAAUUGCAGACGUUUCCAAAGAGUAUUCAGAUGGAAGUGUAAUGGUGUACAAUUCUGAAGAGAAUGCAGUAGAUAAUAGAAUUGAAAUUGAAAAAGUUACUACUGAUACGUCUGAAAGCACUACAACAAGCACAUCUGAUGAUUCUAUAACUAGUUCCGAAAAUGAAUUUUUUUCGUGCGCUUCUGAAGAUACUAUAGAUGAUUCAAAGAUGGGAACGAAUAGUUUGGAAGCUGGUACUGUAAAUUUAUCACAAGAUAUUAAAAUUGAUUCUGAGAACUUCGACAACGCCAAAAGGAAUACAGAAGAAUUUAGUACCGAAAUUGAAAAUGCCAAAACUGAAAUAACUGAAAGUUCUACAACAGUCUCACAAGAUUUUACAAGUGAUAUGGAAAACGAAAUUACAAACGUUCUCAAAGAGAAUAAAACUAAAUUUAAACUCGAAUCUGAAAAUGUUGAACUUGAUGUGGUAAACACAGCAAGUAAUUCCAGCAUUGAACUCGAAGAUUCUGUGACUAAUUCCGAAAAUGAACUCACAUGCACUUCUAUGAUUAUUUCUGAGAGAGACUUUGCUAACAUUUCCAAAAACAGAUCAGAUGCAUCCGAAAUUAAAGUUGAAAGUGUUGCACCUAAAAUACCCGACAUGAUUGAACCAGCUGCCCCAAACUCGUCUCAUUGUACUGCGGUUGACUCAGAAUAUGAGAAUUUAAGCAACCAUAAAGAGAAUUCAAAUAACUUGAAAAUCGAAACUGAAGUUGUUGAAAGAAUAUUACAAAUAUCAAAACCUUCAACAAAUAUGUCUGGAAAUGAAAUGAAUAUAUCGAAAGAGAAAAUGGUCCAAAGAACAUCGCAGAAUUCAACCGCCACGAAGAUAUUAGAAAAAACGGCAAUUGACGAAGAAGCGACCACUGAUGCAGAGACUGGUCCUUCAGAGAAGUCUAACCCAAAGAUUGAUACAAACUCUACAGUUGAAUGUAGUAAGAGAGCAGCUAAAACAGGAAAAACUUCUAAAUCCAGCUUGAACGAAACUAAUAUGAAGUCAUCAAAUAAUUCUCAAUGUGAAGAGAAAAGCACUGCUGUUCAAGUAAACUCGAAUUUCACCGACUCGGUCAAAAUUUCUGAUUCUCCAACAAAUAAUGAAAAUUCGAAAAGAGAGACUCUUAAACCAAAUAAGUUUCAUUUAGACAAAAAACGAUUAAGUGACAGAUUUCGAAUGACUAAAGUUGGUGUUGUUGACGAACAUGGCCAAAUAGUGGAGAGAAGUCGUGCUGAAUGUAACAGUCUAUCAUCAGGUGAUCAAAGUCUGAAAAAGUCGAAAACCUCAUCUGAAAUGAAUUCUGUGCUAUUAGAUCGGGAAAUAGCAGAAAUGUCCAAAGAGCAAUGUAUCCAAUUGUUGACAAACAGUGGGGGAGCUGAUAGAAUUUCUUCUGAAAUGCUUCUAAAUUAUAUAAAACAACAUGAGGAUUUUAAAAAGGAACACUUGGCUAGACUAGAAGAAGAAAGUAAAAAGGAGCUCCAAUCACUUGAAAAUGAUUCGACGUCUAAAAAAACUAAAAAACGUGAACAUUUCACAGCAGCAUUAGUGGCCAACACAAAACAGUUCCACGAAAAAAUGAUCCAAGUAUUAGAUAAAAGAAUUAUUGAUUUAACGCUUGAUGAAUCGAUGGGCAAAACAAACUCGUUAGACAAUAUUUUCUUAAAAGCGCUUCUUGAGCCAUCUGAUACUGCUUCGAAUGAUAACUUAGAUAUAGAGAAUUGCGACAAAUGUUUCGUUAUCUCUCCUUCAGAAGAAAUGUUCAUGGGUGUAAGGUCAAGCGAAUGCGAAAACACCGGAUAUACACCUACAGCUGCACAGAAAAUACAAGAUAUUUGUUCAACAGUCGAAAAGAUUGCUAUUUCAGAUAGUGAGAUAGAACAGGUAAUAGCUACGGCAUCUCCAAUGGAUGAAGACGAAAAUGGAGACGAGAGCUUGGAGUGUUCUAAUGAGCCCGAGAUUUCUUUUGAGCUAAAUGAAGAGAGAGUGGAAGAUCAGACACACGAAGAGGAUGAAUGUCAACGAAUUUUUGAAAUUAAUCGCCUUACUAAAAAGCUUCAAGAUGAAAAGUUAUCACAAGAAAAGUUGCGAACGAUCACACCAUUUAUUGCUCGUAAAUCACAGAGCAAAGCUUCUAUAGAAAAUAAAGUUGCGCCCCGACUUUCACUAGCUAAAAUGAUGCAAAAUAUCGAAGAUAUAUUCGCUAGAGAAGAAAUAUUACGAAUAUUCGAUAAUUUAUCUAACGAAGAGAAGAAAGGAGAAACAGGUCAUGAAUCGUCAGUAGAUCGUCCGAAAAAGAAGAGAGAUAGGAGGAAGAGGCGCUCUGUAAAAUUCACUGAAGACAUUGUAGAAGAACCAGUGGAUGACAACACUCUCAAAAUAAUAUUUUACUCCGUAUUAUGUAAAAGUUUAUUUGGUAUCGGCAAUGAUAGAAAGCUGUGUAUAACUUUUUAUAACGAAGUUCAAGAAUAUCUUGGGGAAUUUCAUUACGACGUCGAAAUAUACCAGCCAUUUCCCUUGGACCUCUGUUUGGGUAGAGUAGAAAUUCUGCUUCCCAAAGAUUUAGUAAUUAAUUUCCUUGAAUACAAAUAUGGAAUUGAGGAGAAUGGAAUAAUCAGCGAAACUGAUUAUGAAGAUUUUGUUGACUUUCAUAAACAUAAUGGAUGUAACAGAUUCUGUACGAAGACUGAUUUGGAGGAUUUUUCCCAUAAUAAUUGUCUUGUUGUUUUCGAUGGCUUCUUAUACCCUCAGUCUAAGGAGCUGUUGAUCACUGAAGUUAUCUCGAGGCACAAGGAAAUUUUCUCCAACCAGUCAAUCAAGGAGAUUACUAGCAUGGGGAUCUGCUAUUUUAUGCCAAAGUACAAACACUUUGAAGGAGUAAAUGAAAAAUUCUGCUUUCGUAAAGCUUCUCAGUUCUUAAAUACUAUUCACUCGUCUUUGAAAACUUAUGGACAUCAUGCAGAUGAGAAGGAACUGGUCAAAGAAGUUUUGCGAAACUAUAUUACUCUUUGUAGAUUGACGAUUGAAAAUGAUAUAAAUAAUGCAGAUCCCCAAAACGUUAUUGAUAGAAUAUGUUGUGCUGUAGUCUCCUGUGUGCUGGUUGUUGAGUUUGAUUUGAGCCUUGAAAUUGCUCCGCUAGAAUUACUAGCCUUGGAAAGUACUAAAGAUCUGGGCUAUAUUUUGGAGUUGCUUCGAGAUAACUUCAGUGGAAGUUUGAAAUUUAUUGACCGAUCAAUGGAAAAGCUAUUGAAUAUGUGCGUAGAGUCCAAAAACGAGGCUCUUUGCGACAGUUGGGUUUUUGUUAUGCCAUUAUAUAACUAUUUAGUUAGAGGAAUAAACAUAAGUCGAGGAAAAUGUUUCGAUUUCAAACAUCGUGAACGAAAGUGGUGGGAUAUUGAUUGGUGCUAUGAGUUAAUGACAAAAGUAAAACAAAGGAUUUGUGAGCUAGGCCCCAAUCGCUCUUUGGAGUUAUCAGACAAUUUUAGAAUGAGCCUCGAGUCUGAUUUACAUUCCUGUUGUAUGUUUAUUGCAACUCGACCUAUGCAUUUUUUACCCAAGAUUUUUAUAAGUGCUACUAUUCGUCCGGAAAUUAUGCUCGCCUCGCUUUGCUUUUGGAUAAGAAUGUUUAUUAAUUUACAGCAAAAUGAAAGAAUUUACAGGAGUCUCUCAGGCCUUCUACAUGCUAUACAUUACGUUCUACCAAUUCGAGUUAAAGAUUUGAAAGAAUCAAAACUGUUGACUGACCGCGACUGGUUUAUCAUGAGUGAAAUUGCACUUGACUCCCUCAAAGUAGUCCAAAAACAAAUUGGAAACUUAUAUCAUUGGGAUGGAAAGAAAUUGGAUAGCGUUGAGUUAUUUCAGUCUCUUGUGUCAUUCAAUCUUCAAGUUUUGUCUGGAUUUUCAUUUCCAAUGAGAGAACCCUCGCAAAAGAUUUUGGAAAAAUUAGUUGAUCGCUUGGAAGAUUACAUCGGAAGAUGGAUGAACGCUUGCUUCUCACUAGAUAUCUUCUUCAAAGAUCCAAAUGCUUUUAUUAUGAAAGAAGCUAGAGAAUUGGGUUUCUACUCUAACCUGCUUAGAACAUGCCCACAAAAUGGAUAUGUAUAUGAGAAGUUUUCUAGAUUUAUUAAAUUUCAUAUUGCAAGCAGAAUCGGUAUUUUUCGAUCUACACCUGAAGCCGUCAUAGAAGUAUACUGUUGUUCGGAAUUUUCUUAUUAUCACAAGGAUGUCGAAGAAAUUUUCAAUGAAGAAUCGUUUAAAGCUCUAGAUUAUCUAUUGCAAAAUACUCCUAAUAACCUCUUCCGCAUAGCAUAUGCCAAUGUUGAUCGAUAUAUUCAAGUUUUAACUUUCGCUCUUCGUAAAACUUUACCUAAAAGCUGUGAGCGGCUGAUGAAACACCUUUAUAUGUGGCCAUGCUUUCCGCAUUAUCUUUCUUUCUACAGAAAUUUAAAGCAAGAUCAACCAUCGGAGACGCAAAAUCUUUUCAAAGGAAUCAUGAAUGGUCUUCUUUCUACAGCAAUAAGAGUCAUUAAAAAAAUAUACGAUGGUUCAAUUUCUGUCGGAGUUUUUCAAGACGUUUCGAAUUCACCUUUUCUCUCAAUAGUGCUUAUGGAAAUUCAAAAAGCUGGUCAACUAAGUCGUUGUACUGACUUAUCUUUAUCAAUGUUCCAAAUUAAAACAGUUGUACGAGUAAUGUCACUUAGAGAUGAAGAAUGGACUACAUUUAAGGCUAAAAUCCAUAGCUUGAACGGGUUUGACAAAGUGCUAGAGAUGUCAAAUAUAAAAAUCAAGUUACCUAUGGAUUUUAUACUCUCGCCACACCUUAUUUUCUCGGACUUUUGUUUCCCAAGGCAACUGGAAAAUAGAAAUAGUCGUGUAAAAUUAAAGACAACAACUUUCAGUCCUGGAAUUGUAAAGAUAAUGGAAAAGUGCACAAAGCUUAGUGAAAACCCUAGAUAUCAAGGAUUUCUUAAAAUAUUUUAUGAAAAGGUUAAAAAAAAGAUCAAUCGUAUAGAACAGGGAUCCGAUGAAUCACCAGAGAAAUAUAGUCGAUGGGCGGAAAAUUUCUACACUGGUAAUCUAACAUUUAAUGACAUGGACGACAUGAUCGAUCUAGUCAACAAAGACAUUCUACUGGCACAAAAAGAAUUUGAGCUUGCGAUGAGGAUAACCAAGACAUCUAAUAGUGACAUUAUUUUGACUAGGAUAGAUCAAUUGAAUCUCUUCGCUAGUCUUGAAAAAUCCACAGAAGCUGGAAGGGUUUUUCUACUAAUAAGGGAGGCAUAUGAGCUGUUGGGUGAUUUCAACAUUACCAAGGAAUAUUUCAAUGUAAAGGAUAAAGAUUGUAGGAUAUUUGGUAUCUCUCCAGAUGUUGUAGACCUUCAACGUUGGCUGCAGAAUACAUCCAGAAAGCAAACCAAUACUCUAGAUGUUCUUCAAAAAUUCAGGGAAUUCGUGGUUUGGCUUAACAUCAAUAUCCCGUCGCUUACAUUGAUAAAAGAAAUUGUGGAUUUAUCGCUUAUGUCUGAUCCGUGUACUCUUGCUAUUGAAAAAAUUUCGGCUUUCUACGAAGCUGUUUUUGAAUAUACUCCGUUAAUUCAAGAACUUGAGGAAAGUGAUGAUUUAGUGGAUGAAACCGUUGAGCCGAUAUGGCUAACAGUUAAAAUAGACGAUACAAUAAUCACAAGUUUUCCAAAUGUUGAUCAACAAUUAGAAUGGGUUAGAGAGCUUCAAGAAUCUUUCAGAACUAUUGAAAUCCUAAUUCAACAAAACGUUAAAGACAUCAAUAAAUUGUCUAUUUAUGAAAUUUCAACGUGCAAAGAUACAAAUCCCUCGAAAGCUGUUGGUCUUACUAUAGAAGAUGAAACACGUCGAACUUUAAAUUUGACUGAAAUGAAUGGGCUAAGAGAUUUGCUUAUGUUAGUUAAUAACUAUGAAAUCAAAAAUGAUAAUGAGAUGGGUCAUCAUUUUGUUUCACUGUUGGAGGCAAUGUCUUAUUUAGCCAGCGCAUUGAAAGAUUUACAUGAUAGUGGAAAUUUACUUUAUAGCGAUUGUAAAUUUACUCUAUUUGAGAAGGCUAGAGGCAACUUCAAUAUGACUCUUAAUUUUGGAGUACCGAUAAUUCUCACAGGAAAACCAAAUGUUACACUUUUAGAGCAUGUUGUCGAUGUCUGUGAGGAGCUCGAUAAUACUCUUGUGGAAUGGACUGACAUUAUCGAUUAUAAACGUUCUCAGUACCAAUUAUUAAAUUUUUUCACAGCCCUUCAACUUUUUUAUCUAAGGAAAAGGUUUGCUUUAAUCUGGACACACCCUGAAAUUGCAAACAUAGAUAGAGAAUUGACAAAUAUGCUCAGUCUUCUUUACGAUUGUUCAGAGUCGGAUAUACGAAAGGGCGUUACGGAGGCAUCGGUCGCAUAUGAGAAAUUGAGAUUGAUGAAAAAAGCUCAUGUGACUGUUGAUAAACAUGUAUCUGAUGAAGAACUAUCUGAGCUAGACAAAGACAUUCGAAGAGCUAGUAUUCGUGAGGAACUUUUAGGUAUCGGUUAUGCAGAGGAACUCGUCUCAGUUGCAGCUGAAAAGUUUAUUACUAUUUUCGACUUAGAAGAUGCAACCGAUAUGGCAAUAAUUUACUGUAUGGAAAAUGACAAGAGUAAAAACGAUACUACUGUUGCUGCUUCUAAAAAGACGAUUAAAAAAAAGAAAAAAAAGAAAGGAAAAUUGAAUAAAUCCUUCGAAAACCAAUUUAUCGAACUGAAAUGUGCUAAUCUACUCCGAAAGACGAAGAGUAUGGAUUCGAAGAAAAGUACACUUCUGAAAGUUAUGAAGUAUGAGAAGUAUGCUCAAAUGUCUAUGGGAUUUACUCUUAAGGAAUUAUGGCGACAUUUUUCUAAGGGCACUUAUGAGACCCACGACAUUCUCAGUUUUGACCAUUUAGGAGUUAUCCUUCGGGAAAUACAAAUAACUCCAAACUUUACAGAUUUCGACAUGCCCUCGCCGUUGGCUGUAGGCUCGCCCAACUUAAUCGUAUUAAGUCCUAUGGACGAUAUAUGGCAGAUUUUUUUUAGCAUUUACUUUGCCGGUGAUAACUCUGAAUGUCCAACCGCUUCGCAAGUCUUAUUAUGCUCUGAUAGAACAACACCAGAAGCUAUAGAACUUAUGUACAGAAAAGCUGCAUUUGAUUCUAAACGCUUAUAUUCGUUUGUUAAUUCGGAGAGGCUGAGUUCUGAAUCUGCCGAAGUUCUCGAAAAAAUGUUUAAGAAAUUGCACGAAACUGGUGAAUCUGAUGAAAUGAAAAUAACUAUAUUUUGCCGUUCAAGAAAUGAUCAAGAGUGCAAAUUAAUUAGAGAUUUAGCCAAUUUCAAAAUAAAUUCGGCUUCGCUUUCUGUUCUUGAUUUGGGAACUAUUAGAAAUAAGCUGGAAAUUGCGUUGAAAGUAUCGACUGAUUUAUCCGAGUCUGCUGCGUCUUUAGACCAAAACCAAUCAACUGUUCGAUUGGUCAUUUCGUCAAAAACAAAAAGUGGAAAGUCGUUGUUUAUUGAGGAGAUAAAGAAAACUUUCUUUGAAAGUUUCAAAGAUGGACGAUUUUCAUCCAUAAAUUUAAAUUGUUCUUGUCCUGACCUCCAUUUUAUGGUUCAGACGCUGUAUUCUCUCAGCGAAAGUGGAUUGAAAGAUCCUGCCACAAUAUUUCAUCUAAAUUUGGCUGAAAGGAAAUAUAAAGAAAUUGAUACAACUCUCUUCAGUUUGCUAAUAUUAGGUAAAUUGGUCGAUAUUGAUGGAAGGGUUUGGACAAAAAGACCUGAACACUUAUACAUAAUAGAGGCACUGGAAUCAUCUAACGACUUUUAUAAGAUUUUGAAAUAUAUUCCCCGCUUGCCCCCAAUAAGUUCCCCGCAAACAAUUGAACCUGAUUCAACUUCUGAAGCCUGACUGUAUUAAUAUUAAUGUACUUUUGUAUUAACUGCAUCGAGUAAACAUGUAUAUGUUAUAUUUGUAAACCUACAUAUUUUGUCAGCCUUACAUAUCAUGUUGUUUUCCUUAAAGAUUCCUUAAUAGUGUUGAGGUGUUCUUUAUUGUAAGGAAAUUUUUUUCAUAAUGUAAACUGGAUUGCUCUAAAUUAUUGCUAAUAAAUGUUUGUCAUUGGAGGGGAAUUUAUCAAGCUCUUUGGAGUAGAAAGUUUCGCCUAGAUAAAAAAAAUCAGAAAUUUAAAACCGCUUUCCAAUGCUAGGGUAGAAUUUUCUGAAAAUCGUAUCUAACUUCCCAAAAUACAUUGUCUCUAUGCAAUGAUAUUAAAGCCUACUUUCUUUUACUCUUUGUAAGUUAGG